ACACUUUGGCAAUAAUACAUUCAUGUGAAAAAGCUUCUCUCUAGGGUUCGGUAGCUUCUCGCCGCCGCCUUAGUGUAGGUUGAGUUUUCCCUUUUCGCUUUUCAUUCUUGGCUUCGGACUUCUUCGAAUCAAAGGUGGGGCGAGUAGGUGGUUUGGGUCUGUGUCUAUCGGCAGGCAUCGAGGAGUGCAGGGGGGAGUUUUUCUGGUUUGACUUUUGGGACGAGGGAAGUCGGUGGAGUGCUGCUGCGGCUUUUGGUUUGACUGCCGCGGCUUCGACUGUUGAGAAGAAGUCCUCUCGAAGGGGCAUCUAGGCGGACGAAUUUUUAACUAUGGAAGAUGUGGUAGAGCAGUAUAGACGUUUGGCUUUGGAGAAGGAAAACAGUAGGCUGAAUUUUGAUGAUGAGGAGGAAGAUGUUACCAUUCCAAACGCAAAGGCGGCGGAGUUUCCGGUGGUGGGAGUCAUUCAUACCGACCGGAAAGUAAGAUUUCAGGCAUUAGAAGAUCUGUUUAUACCGCUCUGGAGACCAGGAAGAGGAAUGACGGUUCAAGAAAUUGAUGACAAGAGGUAUCUAUUUACUUUUAACCAUAAAAUUGAUAUGAAUCGUGUUAUAGAUGAUGGUCCUUGGCUGUUUGAGCGAAAUCUGUUAUUGUUAAAGGCGGUUGGCCCAAAUGAUAUACCACAUAAAAUGGAUUUGUUUGAAGCAGAGUUCUGGGUGCAAGUGCACAAUGUGCCGUAUAAGUUUAUGAAUGUUGAUACUGCUAGGAGGGUGGGUAACUAUAUUGGGGAAUUUAUCAGUUUUGAUGAGAGCCACUUUAAGGAAAAAUGGAGUUCUUACUUGAGGGUUAGGGUUAAGAUGGAUGUGAGGAGGCCCCUAAAAAAGGGCUCUACUUUGACUAGUGGGGGGGGGGGGGGAAGGACACUGGGUUGAUUUUAAAUAUGAAAAGCUACCCAGUUUCUGUUUCAUUUGUGGGGUUAUGAGACACUCUGAGAAAUUUUGCCCAUUAAAAUAUGUGGAGGAUCUCGUGUUGGAGAAAAACUUUAGUGCUGAUCUCAGAGCAAGUGGUGGGGGAAAGAUUAGCCCCACAAGGGGUGGUAAGUGGUUGGUGGAUAAACAGGGAGGUCCGAAUCAUUAUAGGAGGGCUCAGGGAGAUGAGGAAGAAACUAUGAGACAGGGACGCAAGGGGAGUAUAGCUGAGACAGAAAGUAGUGGCACAAAGGAAGAGAGUAGAAGCGGUGCAGGGGAGGUCUCGGUUGAUCAGAAGCGCAGGAGAGUCUGGAAGGAUCCGGCAGAAGAAAACAACACAGAAGAAGAGAUGACACUGGACAACACAAAAAACGGGGAGGAGACGGGCUUCAACUAAUAGGCCCGCCUGCUAUGCUCGUGACGUUGCAGGUGCAGAAGUUCCAUGGUGGUGCCUAUUUUAUUAUUGCUUGUUUUAUUUCUUUUGACGUUCAGACUGUUGUUUUUGUUUGUUGUUUUGUUUACUAUUGUAAGACUCUUGCAUUAGGCUCGGGUGAUGAGAGUGCUAUAGUAACCAUUGUUGGCUCAAUUAUGCCCAAUUUAGGGUCAGUGAAUUAUACUGCUUUCUUGAAGGUGGUUAAUUCAGAGUCUGGCCCAAGGACGGAUGGUUAUUGGUGGUACUCUUGUUAUUUUAGAUCCUUGCUGAAUGCUCUUAUUCUAAUAUAAGCCCCCUUCAUCCAAAAAAAAAAUCAUAAUAUGCUUAAAUGAUAC